AAAACAAGUCAUAAAAAUCUCAGCCACCAUUCAUCUCCUUCACUCACGCUCUCAUCAAUUUCCACACACUUCUUCUUCUUCUUCCUCAGAGAGAGAGAUAAAAUAUAUAAAUUCAAUCUUUAUAGUCUUGCAUAGUACACUCCGUCGUCGCUGGUUGGUGGGGUUCGGCGCAAUGUCGCCAUGAGAAAGGCCCGAAACCCCUCCUCCACCACAAGCGGCGGCGGGGCUGCGGCGGGGAUGCGGGUGAUUGUGCCCUUGCAAGGCUUGGUGCAGGGGAGCGGCGGCCUUGUCUUGGGCUCCGUCAUCCCCUGCGCCCUCUUCUACUUUCUCCAGAUGUACCUCAAGACCCGCGGCCGCGGUGGUCCGCCGCCGCCUGAGGUGGAGGCUCCUCAGCCAUCUGCGGGGCUGCAUAGGGUGCAUUCAAGGCUAUCGCUCUCGCCUCGUGGUGGAGCCGGUGGGCCGGCCACGGUGUCGUCUAGAGCUAAUGCUAUCGUUAGACAGCGUGAAUUUGAGAGGCUGAAGCGAGCAGAGGAAGACUUUUUUGAUGAGGUGGAGAAUCCCAAUGGUGUAAUUCACCUUUGCUCCACUGAAAAUAGGCUGUUGUGGGACAUGGUUCAAUGCUGGUUUGCGGAUCAUAUGACACAAUUGGUAACUGGUGGAGAACUGAGCAUAAGUGGGAUCACCUCAUACCAACCAUUCGAUGGUUUGAAGGACCUGAAAAAAGCUGUGGCAGGGUUCAUGUGUCAAGUGGUGGGCAGACCGCUAUUUUCUAAUCCCGAACAACUAGUACUCACAGCUGGUGCAGCCCCGGCAAUUGAGAUGCUCGUCUUCUCCCUUGCUGAUCCAGGAAAUGCAUUUCUCGUGCCAGCCCCAUACUCUCCCGACCUCGAUGGGGAUAUCAAAUGGCGUACCGGGGUGGAGAUCAUACCAGUUCUUUGCCGCAGUGCUGAUAGCUUCAGUUUAAGCAUCACUGCUCUCGACAGAGCAUUCAACCAAGCCAAGAAACGCGGUCUCCGAGUUCGUGGGAUAAUUCUAUCCAACCCUUCCAACCCCGUUGGCGUUCUGUACAGCCGUGAAACACUAUACAGCCUUCUGGACUUCGCCACGGAGAAAGGCAUCCAUAUCAUUUCCAACGAGCUACUAGUCGGAUCCACUCAUGGAAGCGAAGAGUUUGUAAGCAUGGCAGAGAUCAUCGACACAGAAGAUCACGACAAAGACCGAGUUCACAUAGUCUAUGGUCUGUCCGAGGACAUCUCUCUAGUUGGGUUCAGGAUGGGCAUCAUCUACACCUCCAACAUGAACGUCCUGUCCGCUGCCAAGAAACUAGCAAGAUUCUCAUCUGUAUCCGUCCCCACACAGCAUUUACUGAUAUCUAUGCUCUCGGAUUCAGAAUUCAUCCACCAAGCAAUCAAGCUAGGCAGGGGGAGGCUUCAGCGGGUGCAUCACGAGCUUGUCAACGGGUUGAAGCAGCUAGGGGUUGAGUCCAUGAAGAGCUCCGGAGGGUUCUACUGCUGGGCCGAUAUGAGCAGGCUAAUCCGACCCUACAGCGAGAAAGGAGAAACUGAUCUAUGGAACAAACUGUUGAGCGUCGCUAAGAUCAAUGCAGUCCCCGGAUCUUCCUGCCAUUGUGUGGAACCCGGAUGGUUCGGCUUGUGUUUUAGCACGUUGAGUGAGAGCGAGAUCCCGAUAGUCGUUGGACGGAUUAAGGAAGUUACAGAUACCUGUACAUCUCUCUGAAAAGUCGUUGGUGACUCGUCAAGAGAGGUUCAUUUUAUAAGUAUAGAUGCAGUUGAGGGUGAAGUCGCCAAAGUUAAAAGAGCCAUCUGCUGCUGAUGAGAAUUGGAGAUGAACAUCGUAGUUUAUUCAUUCUUUUUCUUGUGCAUAAUAUCCCUACAAAUUUGUUUUCUUGCAUCUUACCAAGUAGAAUACCCGCAUGUGUAAUUCCUUGUUUUGUUCUCUACAGAUUAUGGCUCUGAGGAUUCGGGGUCGGUUCGAUUGAAAAUUGAAUCGAUAUUUUUACAA